AUGCAAUUGUACAUCGCCUGUAACGCGUGCGAUGGAAUCUCGGCCGCCAAUCGUGCAAACGCUUGGGUGGGCGUCCAUCGUUGCAUCAGUGUUCUUACUACCCUUGCCCCCAUAUCAUCUUUGGCGGGUCAAUUACAGAAGAGACUAGAGCAAGUUCUUCAGGCAUGUGUGACGAAUGAAUUGUUCCCAACGGCGGACGAAGGGAUAGGGCAUGGGCAGCACAAGCGAGAUGCGACGGAGGUAUUGACGAACGAGGAAGUUGCGGGCGGGUUUUCGGGGCAAGGGGGAGGCAAGCGAGCCAGUACUCGACCGCUGAACCAGCCGUCGGCAGCUCCGCCGUUCGCCUUUCCCGACGGCCUGCCGCCCUCCUUCCCGAUCGCCAAUCACCCCGGCUCGCUCGACGACGGCUCGACCUCCUAA